AUGUUCAAACAACCACCAACAGUGAUGAAGAAGAACCCCAGCAUCCAAGCGCUAAAUGUAUUGGCAGCCAAACUCUUCGUCUGUGUUUCGAACGGCUGCACGAACCUAAGGAUACGGCGAAUCUUCGGAGCGUUCCUGUUCGAUUGCAACAGCCUAUUCGGCAUCACCGGAUUCGGCAGCAUGGCUAGGGGCGUCAAUAUGCCCUUGCGGCAAAUUUGGAUCGAAUUGAGUGCAGACUGUCUGGUUCUUCUCUGCUUAACUCAGGUACCCUAUGACAAGCUGCCAGGGAGGAUGAAGAAACCCCGCAAAAUACACAUGGGGCGGGUCCGGCAAUAG